UUAGAAGAACACAACACAAAAUGAAUGCCACAAAGUUUUAUGUGCUUCUGGUGAUUGGCAUUUUGUUUGCCAUUGUCACCGCAAGGCAGGUUGAAGAAGUCUCCAAAGAGAACAAAUUAGGCACUUCUGCUCCGAAAACUGCUACCAAAGGUAUUGGAGCUGAGCUUUCUGUUGAUGCCCAAACUGAGAGCACCGCUCUUGGAAGUGGCUAUGCCAGUGUUAAUCAGAGUCCCAAAGGUCCAAACGCCUUUUCGAGCGGAACUGGCUUCACAAGUACCAGGGGAAAUGUCUCUGCUCAGGGUCGCAACGCAAACGCUACUUCUACCAGUGGUUCUGGCGCUCAAGGUAGUGCUGCAGCUGCAGCGGAUCGCAAAGGUGCUGCUGCCCGUGGAAACGGUUCCGCAGGUUCCUCUUCCACCGCGAGGGGAAGCACCAAUGACAAGAAGAAGUAUAAGAAGAAGAAGAAGUGCCCCAAAGGAAAAAAACGAUGUGAUUGAGCGUGAGGUGAUCAUAAUGUUCAUUGCUCAAACCAAUUAUACAUAUAAAUAUAUCGCACAAACUCACAAUCUCUCUUGUAUUCAUAAAUAAAACCAGAGAUUGAUCAUUGUCACCUUUAAUUACAUUAUGAAAUAAAACAGAGAAAAAAUAGAACACUAUUUACAAUUGUGGUAAUGUGAAUGUGGUAUUUUGUUGAAUAAAGAGGUUUACUUAUAUCUA